CUGACGCUACCAUUCACUGCGAGUCUUACUGACACUACCUACAUAAGGCGAGGCACGGACAGUUCCUACUUCACUACAUCCCGCAAUCUCCGCUCAUAAUCGAGUUCUUGGCAUUGAUUGUAUUUUAAUAUUUUCCAUUAGCCUCGUUUGUCCCGCCAUAAUCAGUCCCAUUUUCAGUCAUACAAAAUGAGUGAACGGAUUCCACUAACGAGUACGCCAUCUGAGCCUGAAGGGUCGUAUUCACCUCCGUCCCAACACUCGCCGGAGCACUCGUCGCACGACGGCGACGACGUCAAGGUCACCGUCGCAGAGAAGCUCGUGUCGGACGCCGACUUCCGUCCACUGAAAACGCCAGAAAAGGAGGGAGGGAAAGGGACGGAAGACAUAGACGCAACAUCCGGCGGCGGCUGGAACGAGUUCGACCAGUCGUCCGCCAUUUUCAACUUCCACGAGCGCCCCGUGCGUGACGCGGGAUGGCGCUUCGUGUUCCUCGUGCCGCUCGUGCUGCUCGUCGCCAUGGGCGCGCUCUCCCUCGUCGGCGCGCUCUUCAACCCCCCACUCCUCUUCACCUUCCUCCUCACCCCGCUCGUCCUCCUCCUCCUCUUCGCGCUCAGCCUCCCCUUCCCGCUGCUCCUCGUCUCUUCUCUCCGCGGAACGUGUGCGCGCACCAUCAAGGUGUUCUUAAUCAUCGCCGCCGUGAUUUGCGCGCUGCAAAGCGCCACCUCCGCCGUGCACUUCCUUGUGUCGCCGCUCGCGCCGUCAGUUGCGGAGCAAGGUCCGUACCCAACGUACGCGCCGUAUUCCCCAGGCAGCAUGAGCUCUUAUUCCACUGGCAGCGAUGGGUCGUCGAGUGAGUUCCCUGUGGACAGCAACUUCGCUGAGAGCGCGGACGGGGAGAACGGCGACACGAUGGGGGGCGGUGGCGGUGACAUGAUGGCGGGAGAGGGGGUCACGGAGGGGGGCACGGAGGGGGGCACGGGAGGGGCACCGGAGGGAUGGGUGGAGGGGCAGGAGGAUCCGUAUGAAUCGCCGGGGAGCAGCGCUGACGACGCCGCAGCAGAGGCGGACAGCAGCAGCAGCAGCAGCAGCAGCAGCACGUCCGUUAGCGACCUUGGAAGGGGGCUCCUGGAGCUCGUUCUGCCCGCCAUCGCACACCCGGUGGUAGCAGUUACAGCGCACCACACCGCCCACUGGGCGCGCGCCACCCACUCCAUGGUGCAUCGCCAGCUCCAGGGCCGCGCGUCGGUCGUGGCGACAAGUGCGCGCGGGCGGUCCCUGCAAGGCCCGCCACAGCUGCCCGCCAUGCCCUCGAUGGCUAGGCUCGCGGAGUUGGAGCGGCCUCUCUAUUUCAUCGGUUUCAUGUCCUUUGCGCUCCUCAGCGCCCUCGCGCUGCUCCUCGUGCUGCGCUUCACCCACCACCUGUCACUCAUCGCCUCUGCCGUCGCGCACACCGCCCAUGCCACCAUCGCCCAGGCCCCCAUCAUCCUCUUUAUGGCGCUCCCCGUUAUGCUUGCAGGGCUGGUCCUGUCCCUCCCUUUGAUAGAUUUCAGCAGCCAUCUCGUUGUCUCCAUCCUCCUGUCGCCCUUCUUCGUCUUCGCCCUCAAAGUGCUCGCAACCCUCUUCACCUACUCCGUAGCAGCGAUCUACGCGCGGCUGUACGUCACGACCAGCACCAGCAGCGGGGGCAGUGAGGGCAUGCUGGGGGGGGAAGGGGAGAAGCGCAUGACAGUCAAGGGCCAGCUGGAGCUCUUCCGCUCGGCUUUCUCCCUCGCGUGCACCUCCUCCCUGGGCACCUGCUGCGCCAUUGCCACUGCCGACACCGCCGUCAUCAUCGUCCAACUUAUCCUCUCCGCCCUCGCCUUCGCUCUCUUUGGCCAGGGCGUGAUUGGCUGCAUGCUUGUGGCGCUGCUGCGCUGUGCGGAGGUCGCCAUUGAGUUCUUCCUGCACUGCCUUGUGCUCCCCACCUGCGCCAUGAGCGGCCAUGGAUUCUCCCGCUCGGUGCGCCUCUCGCUUGACAUUCUGCAGCGCUUCACUGGGCCUAUUGUGGCGGUUAAUGCCUCCGCGCUCGCCCUGCUUGUCAUGGUGACGGUUCCUUUGUGCCUCAUCAACACAUUGAUUGGCCUAUUUGGGGCCUAUGUUUGGAUGGUGUUGUUUCUCGGGGGUCCUGGGGGGUUGGGGCUGGGUGCACUGUUGAUAUCCAUUGUUGGACUCUUGGCCGCCUUUGCAGUGUCUCUCCUUUCCAUGGUAGCUCUCUCCUACGUCCUCACCACAGGCGUCGCCACUACAGUGCUGUGCUUCGCCUGGGACAAGAAGCUGGAUGCAGAAGACGGCUCUGAUGCUGCAGGCUUGGUUGCAGGCGGUUCCAUAUCCUCUGCUGACUUGAAGGCCAAUAACAAAGUCUAGGAUACAUUGAGCUCCCCAUCUGAUUUGCUGGCUUUUAUAAUGAUUUUUGUAAUGUACUUCAGGUUGUAGUCUGUAUCAGAAUUGAAGAAUGAUUAGCAUGAGACAGUACAAGGG